AUGCCUGACAAGAUACCCCCCACCAGGAAGGAUCAAGACCUCUGUAAUUCGGGUCCAGGCGAAAAGAAAGAUAGCGCUGUAGAUGUGGAUGUCGCAGUUGCCGUCUCAGAGCUUGGUGUAGAAACAAGCCAUGCGACAGAGGGGACAGGAGCAGACGCGGCACUAAAAUACGCCAGCGCUAUCGCAGUGUCCAUAGACGACGAGCUCAACGCUCGUCUGCUGCGGAAGAUAGACCUGCAUGUCCUUCCCUGGCUUUGCGGACUGUACGUCCUGCAGUACCUUGACAAAGGCGUGCUCUCUUACGCCGGUGUCAUGGGUAUCCAGACGGAAGCUCAGUUGACGGCGAGCGAAUAUAACUGGCUCGGGUCCAUCUAUUAUGCCGGGUACCUCGCAUUCGUCCCGGUGCAUAACCGUCUGUUCCAGGUAUUUCCCCCUUCAAAGUAUAUCGCCUGCUGUAUGAUCGCAUGGGGCGUGGUCCUAUCUACCAUGAGUGCCUGCCACAACUUCGCAGCGCUGAUGGUGCAGCGCACCGUGCUAGGGGCCCUCGAGGCAUCGAUCAAUUGUGGCUUCACGCUCAUCACCGCGGCGUGGUAUAGGAAAUACGAGCACGCGAGUCGCGUCGGGCUGUGGUCCGGAUGUACGGGAGUCGCUACGAUUGUCGGCGGCAUAAUAGCCUAUGGAUGCCUCGACGGCGAAGAGCGGGAUCCAGAGGCGGGGUUCUCUAGCUGGAAAAUUCUGGCGCUGUGCACCGGCCUGCUGUCCGUUGUCUACGGCACUUGCAUGUUGUCCUUCAUGGCUGGGUCCAUUGUGACCGCGCGCUUCUUCACAGAGUCGGAGAAGACGCUCGCGGUGGAACGUCUGCGGGAUAAUCACCAGGGGGUGGGAUCACCUAAAUUCAAGAAGUAUCAGGCAGUAGAGGCAUGUACUGAUUAUAGGACGUGGAUGUAUGUCGCUUUCGUGAUGUCAUCACAGAUACCAGCCGGAGGUCUAGUUCUUUUGUCUUCAAUAUUAAUCAAGUCAAUCGGCUUCGGCAGCAAAACCACGCUGCUGUUGUCUAUCCCUCAAGGCGUUGUGGCCAUCCUAGCCAACAUCGGGUUCGGCUAUCUGGCAGACAAGACCAAGCAAAGAAGCGGAGCAGCAAUCCUCGCUGGCCUUCUAUCCCUUUUCGCCGCCUGUCUGCUUUUCGGGCUGGGGAACGUCGGACCAACCUACAAGCAGUAUGGUCAACUGGUCGCAUACUUCAUCAUGUCAGGGACAUGUUCGACGUCGUGGUUCGUGGUCAUAUCCAUGAUGUCGUCAAACGUCCUUGGGACAACCAAGAAGACCACCUUGAACAGUAUUGUCUUCGUGACCCUUGGUGUUGCGUAUUUCGUGGGCCCGCAAACGUUCCGCGACCCACCAUACUAUACCAAAGGGAAAACCACCACGAUCAUCCUGUGGAUUAUUUCCAUUCUAGUUCUCCUGGCCUUCUACAUUCUGAACUGGCGCGAGAACAAGAAGCGAAAUCGGUUGCUGGUCAAAGGGGUAAACGAUCUAAAAGCGUUGAACAUCGAGUUUAUGGAUUUGACGGACAAAGAGAACAAAUACUUUCGUUAUGUUCUCUAG